AACGUGCUUUCAAAUAGACACCGUGAACUUCGACGGAGGAGUUGCAUUAAUUUGGAAACUGAUGUCGAUCGGGUCUCCGCAAACGGCUCCUUCAUCUAUCGCCGUGAGUGGGGAAAUCCUAUGCUAUUAAAAUCUCCGGUUUUCAUCGUGAUUUUUCCGCGAAAAAGACGCUUUUUUGUGAUCUUCGUACGCUUAUUAUUUUUCCAAACCGAGGAACAUUUUUCGGAGACUCCAGAAUUUUGAGAAUCUUUCUUCUACAAAAAGGACCCGAACGUCUGAAGAUGGGGACGUUCGGGAAAGUGUUAAUUUUUUAUUUCUUGAUUCAAGUCGUACUGGCUAGAGGGAAAACAGUUAAUAUCUUGACUUCCGGUCGAUUGGCGACUAUCAAAGAAGAAGAAAUUCUGCGAGUCUUCUCACAAAAUAAAUCGGAGGCCUCGUCGGAAAAUUAUACUUUUGCGGAACUUGUCAGUAGGCUUGCGAAUCAUACUGAUCAUUUUCAAGAGGAAAUUUGGAGAACCAACACACACGAGGGUUAUAAGACGAAUCCUUACUAUGAUGAUUUUACUGAAGAGAUUGAUCGAGAAGCUCGAAGAUUUUUGCAAAUUGUCCCAGCCUUUGAUCCUGGUGCUGGAAAUGUCAGUCCCGAAUGCAAAAGAGAUGCUGACAUUUUUCAGAGGGAACUCAACAAGUUUACUCUCUGGGCUUUCAAAAUGUAUGACGCAACUGCAAAAAUGCCAUCAGGACUUUUGAAUGGAAACGUGAAUCAGCUGGGUGAUUUUGAUGAGUGUCUUGGGGUUGAAGGAAGUGAAGGAAUUCGAGGCAAGUAUUGCCUUGCUUAUUUGCAAUUGGACGUCGAUCAGUCUCGACCUGACCUCAAGUAUCUUCAUCGACUUCUUCACUCUCAUUAUGCAUUCAGAAGUAAUAUGACCGACCCUGGACAUCGAGUUCCUCGGUAUAGUACAAUAAACUGGGCAAUAUGUACGCCAGCAGCGUGUUCUCAUCACGAUGUGGAAUCAUCUUUACGGCACACAAUUGCAAAGUAUUCGCCGCAAACUGGCAUUAAGAUUUCAGUUAAAGUCGAUCGAGAGAUGUGCCAAGUUCAACGAACGAAGCCAUUGCCAAGGGAAACAAUAAUCGUUAGCCUCUUCUUCCUUGGAAUCGUUGCUUUUUCAGUUGUGGCAGGAAUUUGUGAUCACUAUGACAUUCCGACUAAUGAUGUAAUCCAUGCUUUUUCGCUAAAACGAAAUUUGUUGAAACUUUUCUCAUUGGAAAGACAGGAAGGCGAUAUUGGAUCUCUUCAUGGUGUUCGAGCAUUAAACGCUUUGAUGUUGGUUCUUGCGCACAAAUGUAUGGCCAUCUUCUUUGGUGCCUAUACGAACAGAACAGAAAUGUCCGAGUUUCUUGGAAAGCCCUGGACAGUUUUGGGACGCGCUGCGAGUCUUUAUACAGAUCCGUUCAUUAUGUUAUCAGGACUUUUGACCACUUAUUCUUUCAUUGGAAGACUCAAUCGAAGCGGAAAUUUGAAUAUAGCCAACGAAUAUCUCUCACGAUUGAUGAGAUUAGUCCCAACUCUUGGAGCUUUAAUAUUAUUCUGUACGUAUGUGAUGCCAUUUAUUGGUUCAGGACCUCAGUGGAAUUUAGUUGUUACUCAUCAUGCUGAUAUUUGCAAAAAAACGUGGUGGAGAAAUUUCUUGUUCAUUCACAACUAUUUUGGAUUCGAAAAUAUGUGCCUGACUCACACUCAUCAUUUGGGAAUUGAUACCCAAUUAUUUGCAUUAUCACCUCUAAUGGUGAUUUUGCUUUUUAAAAGACCGAAGCUUGGAGCAACUGUUCUAACAGCCACUGCUGUAUACUCUACAUUCUUACGUUAUUAUGUAACGUAUCACCGGAGAUUAAACAACUACGUCUUUUUCGGAACUUCAAUUCGACAGCUCUUUGAUACUGCGAACUUCUCUUACAUUCUUCCUUCUCAUAGGCUGACGGUUUACAUAAUGGGAAUUUUCUUAGGAUAUUUGCUCAGAAAUUAUCCCAAAGGAUUCAAAUUAAAUCAAAAACUCUCCUACAUAGGCUGGACCGUCAGUAGUUUAUUAUGCCUCGCGGCUUUUAUAGGCCCUGCGCCAAUGGGAGCCAUUGAUUAUAUUUAUAAUCCAACUCAUGCUGCGACAUAUAAUGCAUUUGCUCCGAUCGGUUGGUGUGCCCUUUUUGGAUGGAUGGCGUUUCUUUCUCACACAGGAAACACAAAUGGUUGGUUGAGCAAAUUUUUCUCCUGGAAAGGCUUCCUCAUAACAACUCGACUCAGCUACGCAAUUUAUUUAACUCAAUUCCCAGUCUUUUUUUACAAUGUCGGCCAAACUCGAGCUGCAGAACAUUACGCAUUCAUCAGAAUACUCUUUAACUUCAAGGAACUCUUCUGGAUCUUCCUAGCUUCAGCUAUUCUGACUCUCCUCUUCGAUAUGCCAUUCCAAAAUAUUAAAACUGUUCUUUUGAAGAAAUCGAAGUUUUCAGAGGCCCUGAAACCUUCUAAAUUGGAUUAAAAAUUCACCCUUACUCCAUCAUCUUCCAGACUUUAAAUUUUCUAUUGCGAAAUCUGCAGAUAACAAAAAUAUAGACGCAUGAAUAUUCUCCAAUUUAAUCUUUCCAACUGUUCAUUUUAUGAAUUUUAUUUAUUAGAAUUAUUGUUCGGCAUAAUUGUUAUGUUUCUGAAUUUCUAUUUAAAAUCACUUCCAUUUUACCGAAUAAGCAUUUGACAUAAUUUUUAUUUUACCGAAUAACCUAUUAGAUAAUUUUGAUUUUUCUGAAUUUCUAUUUGACAUAAUUUUUUUUUAUUCAAUAACCUUUUGUCAUCAUUUUCAUUUUACCGAAUGAGAAGCCAUAAUUUUAAAUUCUUCCGAAUCUUUAUUGGUCAUCACUUUUAUUCUUCCGAAUCGUUAUUGCAUGUAAAUGACAGAUUUUAAUUUCGAGCGAUUAUUUUUAUGCAGGCGCUAUUUUUAUUGAUAAAAAAAUGAAACUUAUGUGAAAUGACGAUUUGGAAGAAUAAAAAUGAUGAAAAAUGAUAACGUGGAAAAAUAAAAAUUAGGGCAUAUGGUUACUUCGUAAAAUAAAGAUGUAAAAUAGUAUUUCGAUAAAAUAAAAAUGAUGUAAAAUAGUAAUUCGUCUAUAAGGUUUUUUAUAAAAUAAAAAUGAGCGAAAAUACAGUAUGGGGAAUAUUCAUGCGCCUUAAAAAAAUCCUGAGAAUUUGAAGCUUUCUGAAAUCUCAAAUUUACGCUUAAGUUUACACUUUAAUUUUACAAAAUAUCAAAAAUUAGUUUCUAGUAAUGUCAUUAACCGAAACACAAACUUGGGAUUAAAUUCCAAGUUUGAGAAUUGUAAAUAGUGUCCAUGACUUUGAGGUCCGGAUGUAGGGAAGUGCAAUUGCUUGCCUUCAUAUACAAUGUAUAUGACAGUUAACAAUAUAAAUAUACCCGUUAAAAGGGUAAAUUAAAGGGCAUUCAAAUUUUUAAACAUGAGUGCGAGUUAACAGUUAUACAAUUCAGGUUUCUAUUCUUUUCAAUUAAGAAUGACAUGAAGUGGAACAGAAAACUGUUUUUGAAUUUCUAAAUCAAUCCUGUUUAAUUUAUACCCUCUAGCUGGUAUUUGUAUUGCUCAGUGUCUACAUUAUGUACUAUAUAUGUAUAUAAUUAUUUUUUAAGCCAGUACAUAAUUUUUGUAGACUCGAGGACAGCCAGAUUUUAGAAAUUGUAGAAGAUUAGAAACCUAGUCUCGAUUUUUAUGGAGAAGAAUCGGGAUCAAAUAUGUUUUCAAUGCUAAAUCGCCAUUUGCACAUUCGUGUGUUUAUAGUUACUUAUUUAUAAGCGCACUUUUCUUAUCGCAAUAAUAGUCGUCAUUAACUUAGAAACAAUAAAAUUGUACAAGAUCUUCAAUGCGGACUUCUAUCGACAAGUAGGAAUUAAUUCCAAAGCAUUUAUAAUCAAAUUGUAACGGAAUUUGUAUAUUUCUAUGCGAAUAAAUUCAAA